CAUAAAAUUCAAUAGAACACGAUCCCUCCAUCACUUCUUUAUUUUAAGUUUUGACCAUACCAUGACGGAGGGAAGAGGCAGUGCUAUGGCGGCAGCGGUGGUGUUCUGCCUAGUGGCGGCAGUGCUUCAUUGCCAGGUAGCUCAGGCUGCCACCUAUGUCGUUGGCGGCCGUAGUGGCUGGACCUUUAACCUCUCCAACUGGCCCCAUGGCAAGAAUUUCAGGGCUGGCGACGUGCUUGUAUUCAACUACAAGAGAGGAGCACACAAUGUGGUCGCAGUGAACAAGGCAGGGUAUAAUGGGUGCAGCAGCAGCCCAAGAAAUGCAAAAGUGUACACAAGUGGAAAAGACCGAAUUAAGCUUGUGAAGGGUCUUAAUAACUUCGUUUGCACUCUCCCUGGCCAUUGUGGUGCUGGCAUGAAGAUUCAGAUAAUUGCCUCUUAAUUAACUACUACUUGUGAUAUCAACAAAUUAUAUAAUAGCUAAAUAAACUUGAAUCUUAGCUAGAUUCAGUAUCGAUUGUAUGUCAUGUCGCUAUAUCUGUAGUAUGAGUUUUUGUUGGUUUUAAAUGGGUUUCAAUGGGAAUUAUAUCUCAUUUAUGGUUAUAG